AUGGACCUGGAUGGACCUGGAUGGACCUGGAUGGACCUGGCUGGACCUGGAUGGACCUGGCUGAACCUGGAUGGGACCUGGCUGAACCUGUCUGAAUCUGGCUGGAUCUGGAUGGACCUGGAUGGACCUGGCUGGACCUGGACCUGGCUGGCGUUCUCAGGCAACUCCAACACGGAGAGCGUGGUAAGACACGACCUGGCGCAAGGCAUUGUGGGCCGGUUGCUGCGUUUUGUACCGCUGGACUGGAGUGGAGAGGGACGCAUCGGCCUCCGCAUAGAGGUCUACGGCUGUUCCUACUGGGCAGACGUAAUAAACUUUGAUGGACAGGGAGUUAUAUCGUACCGAUUUAAGGUGAAGAAGAUGAAGAUCAUAAAGGAUGUGAUCGCUCUGAAGUUUAAAACGUGGGAUAGUGAAGGAGUCAUUCUACACGGAGAGGGACAGCAAGGAGACUAUAUUACAUUAGAGCUACGCAAGGCCAAACUCCUCCUGCAGAUUAACCUAGGCAGUAACCAGUACGGUUCGAUCCUGGGCCACACCUCUGUGACGUCUGGAAGCCUAUUGGAUGAUCACCACUGGCACUCUGUGAUGAUUGAACGAUACCGGACGGACCAACACUACGAGUUGAGUUUUGGUGGCAUGCCCUACAGUGGUAAGCCAAUGGGAGGGGGGAUGAAGAACUUCAGAGGCUGUAUGGAGAGCAUCAACUACAACGGAGACAACAUCACUGAUCUGGCACGACGCAAGAAGCUAGACACCUCCAGCUUUCGUAAUCUGUCAUUCUCUUGCAUGGAGUCUCACUCCUUCCCAGUUUUCUUCAACGCCACCAGCUUCCUGCAGCUCCCAGGAAGAGCCAAUCAGGAUGUAGUAUCACUUAGAUUCCAGUUCCGCACCUGGAACGCCAACGGACUCCUCCUUUUCAGUAACCUUGACGACGGAACGCUUGAGAUCGCCCUUGACGACGGGAAGAUGGGAGUUCACUUCAACGUGACGCAGACGAAGAACACCAGGAUAGCAAUAUCAUCAGGUUCUGGCCUUAACGACGGCCAGUGGCACGCAGUGCAUCUAGUCGCUAAGGAGAACUCUGUCAUGUUGACAAUCGAUGGAGACGAAGCGUCAGCGGUCCGAACCACAACGCCUAUCAUCAUCAGGACUGGUGGAACAUACCAUCUGGGAGACUGA